ACACAGAAUCUGCUGUUGGCUGUGCUCUGUGGGGCUUUGCUUUUAGCUGUUCUCUGACAAAGGGCUUGAUCUGUGCAGCACAUCUCGUCCUCUUUGUUCAGCCUCUGGCUUCAACCACUGAAUCACAAAUACUCUCCAGCUGGGAGUCAGACAAGGGCAGAGAUGAAGAACCCAGAAGCCCAACAGGAUGUUUCGGUUUCCCAGGGAAUUCGCAUGAUGUUUUACGUGAUGAAGCCCAAUGAAACGUCAUUUGAAACCCUGGAAGAGGUGCCUGAUUAUGUACAAAAGGCAACUCCAUUUUUCAUUUCCUUGAUGCUGCUUGAACUGGUUGUCAGCUGGAUUCGCAAAGGGAAGCCACCGGGUCCUUUGGAUGAUGCCUUAACAUCGAUGUCAGCCGGUGUUCUGUCUCGGCUUCCGAGUUUGUUUUCCAGGAGCAUUGAACUGACCAGUUACAUUUAUAUCUGGGAGAACUACAGGCUCAUCAGUUUGCCUUGGGAUUCUCCAUGGACUUGGUAUUUAACUUUCUUGGGAGUUGACUUUGGUUACUACUGGUUUCAUCGUAUGGCUCAUGAGGUUAAUAUUAUGUGGGCUGCACACCAAACACACCACAGUUCAGAAGACUAUAACUUAUCCACAGCGCUGAGACAAUCUGUCUUCCAACUGUACACUUCCUGGAUAUUCUACUCUCCACUGGCCCUCUUCAUACCACCUUCAGUCUAUGCUGUUCAUCUUCAGUUCAAUCUCCUCUACCAGUUUUGGAUCCACACAAAGGUCAUCAAUAACCUUGGUCCUUUGGAACUGAUUCUUAAUACUCCUAGCCAUCAUAGGGUUCAUCAUGGCAGAAAUCGUUAUUGCGUAGACAAAAAUUUUGCCGGAACUCUUAUUAUAUGGGAUAGAAUUUUUGGAACAUUUGAGGCAGAAAAGGAAAAAGUUGUAUAUGGUCUAACACAUCCCAUUAAUUCAUUUGAACCUUUCAAGGUGCAGUUCCACCAUUUACUUACCAUAUGGACUACAUUCUGGGCCACACCUGGAUUCUUCAAUAAGUUUUCUGUCAUAUUUAAAGGACCAGGAUGGGGUCCAGGAAAACCAAGACUUGGACUGAAUGAAGAAAUCCCAGAGGUCAAGGGGGAAGAAGUUCCCUUCUCAUCAUCAGCAUCUCAGCUAUUAAAGACAUAUGCAGUUGUACAGUUUGUUCUGAUGCUGACAUUUUAUGAAGAGACCUAUACAGAUAAAGCUGCACUAUCACAGGUCACUCUCCUUCUGAGGGCUUGCUUCAUUAUCCUGACCUUGACCUCCAUGGGAUUUCUUCUGGAUCAAAAACCUAAGGCAGCUGUUUUGGAAACUUUCCGUUGCUUGGUGUUCCUAAUGCUGUGUAGAUUGGGUCAUCUGAAGCCUUUCGUCCCUUCUUUGUCAUUUGCUUUUGAGAUUUUUUUUUCCAUCUGCAUUGCUUUCUGGGGAGUAAGAAGCAUGAAACAACUUGUCUCAGACCCUCAGAAAUGACUAAACGUUUGUACACAGCUCUCUUGUUUUAAUCAUUUGUCCACAACCAUAAUAUAUUACUACUGCCUAUGGAAGUAUAAUUAUCUUAUACAAUGAUUGUAUGAACGGUUUCUCUAAUGUGAGGUAAAUACAGUUAUCUACUCUUGCUUCCUUUCCGCAUUUAUUAUUCUCUAUUAAAAUUAAAGUCAGCUGCAGUUACUUUAUUGCUAGGGUUGAAAGAAAAUGAUUUCAAAUAGAAUGAUGUUACAUCCACUGGUAACAUCUAAGCCAAUGAGUAUGAGAAGAAACGAUAAAACUUCAAAACAGUAAAAAGAAUGAAGAUUUUAUUAGCAUUGUUUAGAUAACUUUUCAUUUGCUAUCUGCUAAAAUUGUGCUUGGAUACAUAUUUGUUGUCAUAAAAAUGUAUUACAUGAGCUGUCUGCCUAAGGCUAGGUUUACCUUUGAAAGCCAUAUAACCUAAGGAGUAACAUUACAGAAAAUGACAUCACUGAAAUGAAAAUCGCCAGAAUUCGGCAGAAUUCAUUUAUUCCAUAGAUUAAUUUGUGAUACAUCUGUCUAAUGUGUUUGGUCAGUUUGUUUUGGCACAUUGAGGAGUGUGCAGUAUUUCUGUGCUAUUUUAAAUUGUCACAAUCAUGUUAAAAGACUCUCUAAAU